UUUGCUCCAGCUGGAAAGUUAAAAUCAUUGCUGAAUCUGUCUCUAUUCAUUCUGUGAGGAAAAAGACAAUCGCUAGUAAUAUCAUUUAACUGUUCUGUUUCAGCAUUCAUUAAUGAAGAAGUGAGAAUUGGAUCAGAGAAUGGCAAAUACUUAUGUCGCUGCAUCUGAUGGCUACUGCCUUGCUGAACCAGUGCAGUACUGUGAUAUUUUGCCAGAACAAAUCAGUCAUCAGCUGCACGACACUGAUUUUCAAGAAUCACCUUAUAGCCAGUAUUCUACUGUCCAGUUUCCUGCAGCUCUCCAGUCCCCAUCUUUACAAAGUCAUUUCAACACUUACAGUUUGGAUCCACAGUUCAGUGGUGGAGAGUGUCGACUCGCUUCCUAUGAAUUAAAUAAAUCCACUAAUGUGGUUGCCCACGAUGCUGACGAUGGAUACCAUGGGAUAAAAAGGUCCAGACUAACUAUUUCUUCCAUGAGAAUUAAGGGACAGGAAGAAUUCUGUGUAGUUUGUGGUGAUAAAGCAUCAGGAUAUCAUUAUAACGCACUUACUUGUGAAGGUUGCAAAGGGUUUUUUCGACGUAGCAUCACCAGAAACGCGGUAUAUAGUUGCAAGAAUGGUGGUCACUGUGAAAUGGACAUGUACAUGCGUAGAAAAUGUCAAGAGUGCAGACUGAAAAAGUGUAAGGCAGUAGGAAUGCUGGCAGAAUGUUUGCUCACAGAAAUCCAAUGCAAAUCAAAGAGACUUCGAAAGAACUUGAAGCAGACUAGUUUUCACUCUAACAUCAAAGUGGAAGAGGAAGGAGUAGAUAACAAGCUUGUAUCGUCCACCACUAGAUCUGGAAAAGUGAUUCAGGAGAGCAGGGAACUGACUCAAGAGGAACAUCAGCUCAUUAAUAACAUUGUGGCUGCUCAUCAAAAAUAUAAAAUUCAAUUAGAGGAAACAAAGACAUUUCUGCAGGACUAUGCAAAUCCUGAACUGAGCUUUUUGAGACUCUCAGAGAUAGUUCUACAUAUACAGGGGUUAAUGGAUUUUACCAAGGGACUCCCAGGAUUUGAAAAUUUGACCAAUGAGGAUCAGACUGCAUUAUGGAAGGGAUCAAGAACUGAAGUGAUGUUCCUUCAUGGGGCCCAACUUUACAAUCAGAACAAAUGUCUUUCAUCAGCUUCUGAAAGUACUACUAUGAGAAUAUUAAAUCAUUCAUAUCAUUCACUGACUUGUCACAAUCAAAGUGGUAAUGGAAGUGUUAUUUAUUCUAUGGAAACAUUUGGCAAUGGAGACUGUCCUACUAUGCUGACUGGUAUUUCUGAAGAAUUUAUUAGCACACUGCUUUACUUCUACAGAAGAAUGAGUGAGCUUAAUAUUACCGACACUGAAUAUGCUGUGCUUGCAGCAACAACUGUGUUUUUUUCAGAUCGUCCAUGCCUUAAAAAUAAACAACAUGUGGAAAAUUUACAAGAACCAAUUUUACAAAUUUUGUACAAAUAUUCAAAAAUUUAUCACCCAGAAGACCUACAGCAUUUUGCUCGUCUCAUAGGGAGGCUUACAGAACUGAGGACACUGAGUCACAACCAUGCAGAAAUCCUUAGCAUUUGGAAAACAAAGGAUCCCAAAUUGGCUAGUUUGCUCUCUGAGAAAUGGUAUUUGUAUUCACAUUGCUGAAAUUUUAGAAUGUUGUGGUUUGUCUUAAAAGUCCUAAAUCUAGAUUGUUUACUAUUAUAGGAUGACUGAUUUGAAAAACAUGAGUAGCAUUGCUGUGUUACCAAUAUAUCACCAUAAAAUGGACAUCAUCAGGGCUCAUCAAAUUUUAUGGAAUAGAAGAGCACCACUUGAGGGACAUCUAAGAUUCUUACCAAGAUUCUACUCAAAAGAAGCAAUGAUUAUUGUUACUGCAUGGUUCCUUCCAAAGGAAAUAAUGCUAAGUGGAGUUCUUACCUGAAGAAACUCUUCUUAUUUCAUUUAGUAGAAAAUUGAAUGAAAAUAUAUAGAUUUAUUAUAGACAUGAGACAGGCUAUCUAGUGGAGACAAUGUAAUUAGAAUAAAGGCAGUUCGUGAAUCUUAUUAAUUAAGGCCAGAUUGAUGGAUAAGGAACUAACAUUUUAAACCUAUUUCUUAGUUAUAGAAUU